AUGCGUGAAUGGCUAGCCCUUCAGAUCAUCCUUCGUGGUGUCGUGGAACAAGCUUGCGCUAACUGUGGCCGGAUCACGUCAGAUCAAUCCAGUGCGAGAAGAUAUUCAGAGCAGAGGCUGCGGCGCUCACCACAAUAUCCGUACGUUGCGCCCUGCGGGCCACGUUUACACCUCCGCAUUUGCCUUUGGGAUGAUGCAUUGCACUCCUCCACAGCAGCCAAUAAGACACCGGGGAUAUCCUUCCAGGUUGCAAGUACCGUGUGUGAUUCAAGGCCUCCCAAUCACCAGAGCCAGAAUUCACUAUCGACGCGUUCUUCUACGGCAAUGAUUUGUAUCAAACUAGACAAGACAACGGAGGUCUUGCCUGCAGAGCGAUUACUCACCCACGGGCCAGUCAUUCCCAAACCCAAAACCGUAAAGGCAUACAUAAAGAGGGUAUGCUGGUCCAAAGUAGCCUUUGGCGAAGGAAGCCUAGAUGUCAUCCAGCUUAACUCCGUCGUCGAGCUCACCAAGGCUCCUCCUUGCUCCUUGCUCCGUCCCGGUGGAGAAACUGGGUCUUACCACGAUACAAGGGGAAUGCAAGCCGAGUGA